AUCGCGUUGCAAGUGUCUUACCUAGGGUGGAAUUACUAUGGAUUCACAUCAUCAAACGCCCACACUGAAAAAACCAAUCCGACUGUUCAAGGGCAGUUGAUGAAAGCUCUUUUACAAGCCAAACUCAUUCAAGAUCCUGACAGCUGUGAAUUUACGCUUAGCGGAAGAACCGACACUGGCGUAAGCGGUAUGGGCCAAGUCAUUGCACUCAACGUGCGCAAAACAUCCGGUAGCGAUUUACCGUACCUACGCAUGCUCAACAGCGCAUUACCGCCUGAUAUCCGAGUAUUAGGAUGGACACCGGUCCCUGACAGUUUCAAUGCGCGUUUCGACUGUCGAUCCCGGACCUAUCACUACUAUUUUCCAGCCAACAAUGACAUAUGUAUUGAUCGAAUCAGAAAAGCAGCCACGUAUUUACUCGGCGAGCACGAUUUCCGCAACUUUUGCAAGUUCAAUCCGUCCAAAAACCUUGCGCAUUAUCGUCGUACCAUUCUUUCUGUCAAUGUAACUACUACUACUAGUGCUGAUAAGCACAGACCCUCUUUUGCUCGACUCGAAAUCAAAGGCACCGCGUUCUUGUGGCAUCAAGUACGCUGCAUUGUAUCCAUCCUGUUACUCGUUGGCCAACGUCUUGAAGAACCUGAGGUCGUGCAAUGGUUGUUGGAUGUCGAUAGAGUGCCUGGCAAACCUGAGUAUCCUUUGGCAAGCAGUUUACCUUUGGUGUUGUAUGAAUGU